AUGUACAGUAGCACAGUGUUACAUACCAGCACCCAACAGGACAUGUACAUGAGCACAAUGUUGCAUACCAGCACCCUACAUGACAUGUACAUGAGCACAAUGUUGCAUACCAGCACCCUACAUGACAUGUACAUGAGCACAAUGUUGCAUACAAGCACCCAACAGGACAUGUACAGUAGCACAAUGUUACAUACCAGCACCCAACAGGACAUGUGCAUGAGCACAAUGUUGCAUACCAGCACCCUACAUGACAUGUACAUGAGCACAAUGUUGCAUACCAGCACCCUACAUGACAUGUACAUGAGCACAAUGUUGCAUACAAGCACCCAACAGGACAUGUACAUGAGCACAAUGUUGCAUACCAGCACCCAACAGGACAUGUACAUGAGCACAAUGUUGCAUACCAGCACCCAACAGGACAUGUACAUGAGCACAAUGUUACACACCAGCACCCAACAGGACAUGUACAUGAGCACAAUGUUGCAUACCAGCACCCAACAGGACAUGUACAUGAGCACAAUGGUACACACCAGCACCCAACAGGACAUGUACAUGAGCACAAUGGUACACACCAGCACCCAACAGUACAUGUACAUGAGCACAAUGGUACACACCAGCACCCAAAAGGACAUGUACAUGAGCACAAUGGUACUCACCAGCACCCAACAGGACAUGUACAUGAGCACAAUGGUACACACCAGCACCCAACAGGACAUGUACAGUAGCACAAUGUUACACACCAGCACCCAACAGGACAUGUACAGUAACACAAUGAUGCACACCAGCACCCAACAGGACAUGUACAGUAACACAAUGGUACACACCAGCAUCCAACAGGACAUGUACAGUAGCACAAUGGUGCACACCAUCACCCAACAGGACAUAUACAGUAGCAGAAUGGUGCACACCAGCACCCAACAGGACAUGUACAUGAGCACAAUGGUGCACACCAGCACCCAACAGGACAUGUACAGUAGCACAAUGGUGCACACCAGCACCUUGCCUCGACUUGAUUAUGCAGCUAUUUGA